AUGAGGAAAGAGAUGGGAGAGUCCUCCAAGGGAGAUUCCAGCAACACGGUCAAACAAGUGAAGCCUUUUCCCUACCGAGGGGAGGCCAAGAAGAAUAAAGAUGAUCCAGUAGACUUCAUGGAAAUCUUCGGCAAGCUGGAAAUCAAUAUGCCUUUUCUCCAGGCCUUUAAGCUGCCUAUUUUCAGUAAAUUCAUCAAGGAGUUUAUCGCCGGGAAGACCAAACCCAAUGGCAAAAUAGUGAUCGGAGAAACUGUGUCAGCAGUGAUUCAGAAGCGGAGGAUGCCGUCGAAACGCAUUGACCGAGGUAUGUUCACUCUUCCCAUUUCAAUCGGGAACAUUAGAGUUGAGCAUGCUAUGAGUGACCUAGGAGCAUCAAUAAAUGUUUUACCGCUUUCCAUCUAUAAGAAACUGGAAGGAGUAAUCCAGUUAGCGGAUAGGUCAUGCAUUAGUCCAGAAGGCGUGUUGGAAAACGUUAUAGUUAAGGUGCAUGAUUUCUUGUAUCCAGCUAAUUUCCAUGUGAUUAAGUUGAGUGAAUAUGAGUCUGCUGAGUGUAGCGGAGUACUUUUAGGUAGACCAUUUCUACGCACCGCUAAGAACAUAAUUGAUGUGUUUGAUGGAACGAUAUGUCUGGAUUAUCAUGGGGAGAAAUUCACUUUUAACAUUGAUGAAGCAAUGGAACAAAUUGACAAUUCUGAGUUAAGCCAAUCUAUUGAUAGAGAGGUAGCAGGAUGGUGUGAGGCCAUGAACACUAUGAAGUUGAAGGAUGAAGAGCUGGCAGAGGCGAUUGUAGAAUUCUGUAAGAAUUCUGAAUCCGCCGGGUCAAGGAGAUCAGCCCAUGCGACUAGUUUGGAAAAAUUGCCAGGGUCUGAAGGAUUAAUCACCAAAGAAAUGGAAAAGAAUCCACUGCCCCAGGAAACAAGUUCACCAAAAAAGGAGUUGAAGACACUUCCAUCCGGUCUAAAGUAUGCUUAUUUGGAGGAGAACGAGACGUUCCCGGUAAUCGUCAACAACAACUUGACCCAGGAACAGGAAAAUGAGUCACUGGAAGUGAUUAGAAGAAAGAAGAAAGCUAUAGGGUGGACUCUAUCGGACUUAGUGGGAAUCAGUCCUGGCCUUUGUAUGCAUCAGAUUCGCUUGGAGGAAAGAGCAAAGGCCUACCGGGAUCCACAAAGGAAACUGAACCCAAACAGGAGGGAGGAAGUCUUGAAGGAAAUUAUGAAACUACUGUCCUUGGGAAUCAUCUAUUCGAUCCCAGACAGUGAGUGA